UCAGACUCUGGUCCAUAAUUCUCAAGCAUUACACCCAAUAUGGCUUCUCUGUUGAGAUGCCUAACUUUUGCGCUGGUUUUGUUUAGUUUUUCCUUGCUGGUUGAAGCGCAGUAUGAGAAGUACAACUUCCGAAGCUUUCCCCGUCAUGAGCUCAUGCCGCUUGACUCGGCGUACCGACACGCACUGGACCUUUACAGUACAGAGAAGUGGCCGGAGACGGUGGAGUUUCUGGAGGUGAGUCUCCGGCUGUACCGGCUGCUGAGGGACAGCGAGGCUUUUUGUAACCUGAACUGCAGCUCAGCGCGGAUGGACGAGGAGGAACGCUUCUCAAACUUCUCCGAACUGCGCGCUUUUGGGAACGUGAUGAAGCGCGCACAAUGUCUGAAACGCUGCAAACAGGGCCUGCCUGCAUUCCGCCAGACGUUACCUAACCGAGAAACUCUGGACGAGUUCGAACGACGAGAACCGUAUAGAUACCUGCAGUUUGCUUACUUCAAGAGCAAUAAUUUGGCGAAGGCUGUAUCUGCUGUACACACCUUCCUUCUGAAGCAUCCAGAUGAUGAGAUGAUGCAGAGAAAUAUGAAUUACUACAAGAGCUUACCUGGAGCUGAAGAGCACCUCAAAGACCUUGAGACCAAGACAUAUGAGAUGCUGUUUAUUCGGGCAGUGCGGGCAUAUAAUGGUGAUAACUACCGUACUUCAAUCUCAGAUAUGGAGCUGGCAUUGCAAGACUACUUCAAGGUUUAUGAUGAAUGCAUUGCUGCCUCAGAAGGAUGCAGAGAAAUUAAAGACUUUAAAGAUUUUUACCCCUCAAUUGCAGAUCACUACACUGAGGUUCUUGAGCGAAAGGUUCGCUGUGAGAGCGAUCUGACACCAGUUGUUGGUGGAUACGCUGUAGAGAAGUUUGUGGCCACCAUGUAUCACUACCUUCAGUUUGCUUAUUAUAAAUUGAAUGACCUGAAAAAUGCUGUGCCCUGUGUGGCAAGCUAUAUGCUCUUUGACCCCAGUGAUGAAGUGAUGAGGAAUAAUCUGGUGUAUUAUCAGUACCACAAAGAGAAGUUGGGUCUUACAGAUGAUGACUUUUUACCUAGACCAGAAGCAUUACGGUACCACAAUCAGACAACACUACAGCUGCAGAUGUUAAAAUUUUCCAAAGAAAAUCUUAUGCCAGAUGAUGAGGGUGAAGUGCUGGAGUUUCUAGACGAGUACCUCGAUGCUGAAGAGGAGUAAUGUAAUGAAUAUUUGUAUGUACUGAAAGAGGUCUGCUGCACAAGUGUUGAACAAAACCGUUUAGUGAACAUUUCCAGUGUCUUCGUGUUGUAUUUAUUAUAGCUUACAUCUGUCUAUUCUACUCUAAAUGUAAAAAGCACAUCAUCUAAAAAACAAAACAAUUCAGAUCAAAAUAAUUGCAAAAAAUAAUAAAAUAAUAAAAUAAAUAACUGUGUACCACACUGUGUUACAAGACAAUCACUGUAAUUCAGAAGGACAGAUCUCAUAUCUCAUGUUUUGUUGUUUUAUAAUAAAAAUAAUUUAUGUCA